CUUCAAUCUGGACGCUCAACCUCUUGUUCGACUUCAUACACACUCAAGUAUUCCAACCUUUUUUUUUUCAGUGGUUCGUCUUCUAGCACAGCAUUCUGGUCCGCCCCCUAGCCUUUUCCUCAACCAUCACAGACACCCCGCUCCGCACACCCCUGAGGUAAUACAGCGAGUGUGUAUCAAGAGCACAAGCCUGCAUGUGAGAUGAGCAGCAGUGAGCAAAGAGUGGCAGUGUCAACAGCGCUCACACCUCGAAAGCGGGUAUUCUUGUCCCUUUCUCAACUUUGGCUAGCUGGCUGCUUGAUCAGCACCGCGAAAGGAGUGGAGGACCAAGGCUGUGCGUGUGCUCUUUAUUUUUUGUGGUGUGCCUGUCGUAACGAAGGUCGAACGUUCACUAAAAUUGUUAGCAGAACAAAGAACGCCAAGCAAUUUCCUAAAUUUGUAUCUCAUUUCCUGCUCCUUCCAUCCUACCCCAUUAGCCGCCGAAGCCACCUUCCUUUGAAAUCCUCUUUUCCCCCCUCUCCGUCUUCGCUCGUCUUGGCGGCUUCGUCACUCUCUCUCCAAAACCGGCUGAUCAGAAGGAACCCCAGCGCUCCCAAGAGAAGUGGCUUUUUUUCCUUCGGCACUCGUCGUCGUCAUAGCCAGCUUUUCUUUUUCUUUUUUUUACUUGGACCACUCACUUUCCGACGGUCUUUGAAACGCAUCUAUCGGGCCGGGGUGCAGGUCACUCCUCCUCUUCGCAAUACCAAAUAUAUACCGUCGUCUCUCUCUCUCCGUCCAGAAGCCGCCACCGAACGGCCCACGUCCGCAAUCCGACAGCAGCGUGGUUCCCAAAAGUAGACAACUUGGGAUCUCCUCUUUCGCUCGCAUUUUGUCUCUUUUCGGGGCGCAGCAUUCACUCUCUUCGCCCGCCCGACC